GUCCUCUGAACACACAUGGCAGAGAGCUCAACCCCGUUUCAAGAAUCUGACCAUAAGGCCACAUCAAAACUAAAGCUUUUCGGUUUUCCAUUGACUGAGCAAGAUGAAAUCCUAUCAAAAACAGAAAAUACUUUAGGAAACAGGAAAUUCGAGUGCCAUUUUUGCCACCGAGCUUUUGGCAACUCACAAGCACUAGGAGGCCAUCAAAAUGCUCACAAAAGAGAGCGCCAAAGAGCCAGACGUACCCAAUACCUUUGUGACCGACGCCUCAUGGCAGCUGCACAAGUUCUUUGCUCACAUGCUGUCAAAUCACCACCCUUCAUUUAUCCAAGGGGAUUGAUCACUAGCAAUAGUACCGCUGCUGCUGCUGAAUUUAGGCCCCAAAUAGCAAGUGAUUACCCAUCUCAGCCCUUGUUGUUUCCUUCAUCUUCUCCUGAUCAUCACUCACCAUCUCAAAUUUAUAUCGCACAACCAUUACAUGAUGCAGAUACGAUGCCAUCUUUUAUUAAAGUUCCUGGUAAAUUAUGUUCCAAUGAUGACGAUGUAGGGGUUGAUCUCUGUCUCAAACUCACUCCCUCUGGUUAGAUGAUCAGAUCGAGUGCCAGUAUGUGCAUGUUGUGAAAUUUUGCCUUUCCAUGGAAAUAUUUUUAAUGUUUGAGUUUAAAC